AUGAACACACAUCUGAACCUACUACGAGCCAUCGAUUGGAAACAAUACUCGGUCGGCCCCAUGUCAUCCUGGCCUCGAGAAAUGUCAACAAUCCUCUACCUUCUGAUGGUGGCACCCAGUCCACAAACCUUGGUAGUGGGUCAAGAGAACGUACUGUUGUACAACCAAGCUUAUGGCAAAACCGUUCGAGAUCUCCACCCCAGAAUCUUCGGCCAACCUCUCGACAGUGUACGAGAAUGGCAAAGUUACGGAGCCCAGAUGGCUGCACACAGACGAGGCGCUGCUGGUUCAGUGCCUACUCACGCCUAUUCAUCCUUUGUCGUACCCAUGCUGAACCAUGGACGCAUGGAAAACGUUCAUCUGAAGCUCAACAUUGCAGCACUACCGCCGCCUUUGAAAGGCUUCCAUCUGUGCUUUGAAGAGACUACAGAUUGCGAUUUGCGUGAGCGAAGACGUUCGACCGUGCGGGACCUAUCGAAAGCCUGGGGUUCGGCGACCGACCUGCCCUCGUUGUGGCAUCUCGUUCUGCAAAGUCUUUCUAAGAAUCCUGAGGAUUUUCCUAUUGCGGCCAUCUAUUCUACAAGGACAUCUCCAGUCUCGUGUUGUCAACAAGACGAAGGCUUCGAGAAGAGAGUGUAUCAUCUCGAAGGUUCCAUUGGCGACUUUGAGGACGGCACUCUGCCGCCUACAUUUGAUAUGGCCACGACAGACACGAGCAUGGAACCUCUCCGACAAGCCGUCUUGUCGAAAGACAAAGUCAUCAUCAACUGUUUGCCUGAUGAAUGGGCCAGGGGUGCACUACAACGUGGCACUGGCGACAUCUGCACAGAAGCAGCCGUCCUUCCGAGUAGUCUUUCACGAUUUCAAGAUGUGGAGGCCUUACUCAUCAUUGGACUACCGACCAGAGCACUUCUCGAUGAACCUCAUCACCAACACCUUACGCAGUUGCAAAGUGAGUUUGCACAUGUCGUAAAUACGUUGGUGGCAACCAUUGAGGCAAAAUAUCGAAGAAAGGAGAGUGCUCGGCAGAACCAAUUGGAAAAGGACCUGCUGGCCAAGGAACUUGCUCUUCGUCAACAGGAAGCGGAAAUGGCGACUACCUUGGCCGUAAAGGUUCUUACUGUGAUUGACGAGGUUGACAUAGGAUUCUUCGAGUACAAGAGCACGGGAGAGUUAGUGCGAGCGAAUGAGUGUUAUUAUCGCUUGAGCGGAUAUCCUCGGGACUGUCCAACCGACUUCAAACACAAGUUCCUCGACCUCAUUCAUCCAGCAGACGUUGAUAUGGUUGCGAAUGCAUGGCACAUGAUGAUCAACGGUCAUUGGCAAAAAUUCGAAUUGAGGUAUCGCAACGACACAGAACAAGGUCAAUGGGCUCUUGUGGCCUGUCAGCCUGUAAAGGACGCCAACGGGAACGUCACCUCGAUCAUCGGUGCCGUGACUGACAUCUCGACUCAGAAGAGAAGCGAGAAGAUUGCUCUCGAUCGGGCUGAAGCAUUGGAACAAGCCAGGGUCAGUGAAGAGAGGUUUAAGCGAUGCAUGGAGGUUGCGCCUUUCGGAUGUAUGGUAGCUGAUGUAACAAAGGGAGUACAAUAUGUCAACGAGACGUGGUGGCAGCUUUCACAACAUGCUCGAGUACCGCUAGACCAGAUCGACUGGAACUCUGUGCUACAUGAGGAUGAUCUAGACGUUGCAGACGAAGGCUGGCAGGCAAUGCUGCGUGGAGAACAAGUGGUCUACAAUCUGCGACUCAAAAGACUUUGGUACGAUGCCGAUGGUGAAGCCCGAGGGCCCGCCGAACUAAUGAUCACUGCACUACCCGAAUGCGAUGACACUGGCAGGGUCAUCAGGGUUGUUGGCUUCUCUAUGGAUGUCUCUCAUCUACGGCAUCAAGCCAGGAUUCAGCGAGAGCGGAUGGAAGAGGCGCUCGAAGCACGAAAGAACCAAGAGAUGUUCUACGAUACAGUCUGCCACGAGAUCCGGAAUCCCCUAUCAGCUGUCAUCCAUUGUACCGAUUCGAUCCACGAAAAUCUCACCGAGAUGCGUAAACUGGUCAAGAGCCUCGCUUCAUUCAACACAAAAGGCUCAUUCGUUAUGGAUGAAAGGAUCGACAUCCUGCUUGACCAUCUAUCAAGCAGCAACGAGUCUGUCGAGACCAUAUCGACAUGCAGCGAUCACCAACGGCGCCUGAUUUCGGACAUUCUUUCGCUAUCAAAACUCGAUUCCCAGCUGCUUCAGAUAAACCCUUCGCCAGUUCUCGCCACGAGUCUGCUCGAAAACAUUCGAAAAAUGUUUGAGACUGAAGCCAAAAGAGUCGGUGUCACGUUGGAGAUUGUUGUUGAUGCUUCAAUCUCUGAUCACAAUGUGGGCCAGGUCAAUCUGGACUCUGGGAGAAUUCUACAAGUCCUUAUAAAUUUGGUCUCAAAUGCCAUCAAAUUCACGAAGAACGAGCCAGGUCCUCGUCGGAUAACAGUCGUUAUGGGUGCUUCCGAUGUUAGGCCAUUGGACUUGCCCGUCGAUUCGUUCCACAGUCAAGAGUCGAUAUAUGACACGUCUGGAAGCCAGGACGAAUUCUAUCUUUGGUUCACAGUCAAAGAUUCGGGUCGGGGCUUGUCUGCCGAGGAAAAAGCACGCAUUUUCACCCGGUUUGCUCAAGGCUCUAGAAAGACUUAUAGCCAGUACGGGGGCAGUGGCCUGGGAUUGUUCAUUUCAAGACAACUUGUCGAGUUGAUGAACGGACAAGUUGGCGUCUCAUCUGAGCUUGGAGAGGGAGCCACGUUUGCAUUCUUUGUCAAUGCACCACUCAUUCAGCAAAUCUCAGAUGUGGACUCGAUCUCGAGCCAACAGUCCACGGCCGACUCUGCUAUACACAUACAGGUGACAGAAACACCGGAGCCAUGCAGAAAGACAAGACUACUUGUAGUCGAAGACAACGCUCUGAAUCAAAGAGUGCUUAAGAAGCAGCUGAUUAAGCACGGAUAUGAUGUUCAAGUGGCCAACAACGGCCAAGAGGCACUCGACCUCCUUACAGACCCAACACAAACCGUACAGAUCGACUGCAUCUUGAUGGACGUGGAAAUGCCCAUCAUGGAUGGCCUGACCGCGGCAAGAAAGAUUAGAGAAUGGGAAAGGCGAAGCGGCUCUGCCAGCAGCGACGACGGCAACACAUUUUACAGCAGGCUUCCCAUCAUCGCCAUCAGCGCAAAUGCCAGACCCGAACAAACCAAUGACGCCAUAGUUGCUGGUAUGGACGAUACGAUAGCAAAGCCUUUCCGAAUCGCCGACCUCAUACCUCGGAUUGACCAUCUGCUGGACAGGCGGAGCUGUCCCGCCAGGACUUGA